AUGGCAAUAUCUUUGAGCUUCCUGAGAGUGGUGAUAGCGGUGCCAAGAACAUCAGGUACUUUCCGGGCCUUCAAAAAGCCCAAAGAUACAGUGACAAAUGCAGAAUUCAAAGCUUUGUCAACCACUCUAACGGAAAUCCAAGAGGAGAUUGUAAAUAAACACAAUGAAUUGAGAAAAUCAGUAUCUCCAAAGGCCAGUGACAUGCUAAAGAUGAAAUGGAGCAGUGAGGCCGCAGUGAAUGCCCAAAAGUGGGCAAACCAGUGCAAUUACAAACACAGCGAUCAAGAGUUCAGGAGACUCAAUAUAAGCUGUGGUGAGAAUCUCUUUAUGUCAAGUAACCCCAGGCCAUGGUCCCAAGCAAUUCAAAUCUGGUAUGAUGAGUCCAGAGAGUUUAUCUUUGAUAGCGGGCCAACACCACCCAAUGCAGCAGUUGGACAUUAUACUCAGGUUGUUUGGAGCACAUCGUUUCUUGCUGGCUGUGGAGUUGCUCACUGUCCUGAAUCGUCUUUGGCAUACUUUUAUGUUUGUCAUUAUUGUCCUGCUGGUAAUUACGUGGGAAAACUAUACAAGCCUUACAAAGAAGGAGAACCUUGUGCCAGCUGUCCUAAUGACUGUGAUGAUGGGCUUUGCACCAAUAGUUGUAACUAUGAAGAUAGUUAUUCUAACUGUCCAGAUUUGAAGGAAACAGCAACCUGUGAGCAUCCAAUCGUCAAAAGUGGUUGCAAGGCCUCCUGCAAUUGUGAAGGCAAAAUUUAUUAAAUACUCAGUACACGCCAACAGGUUUCUGUGGAGAAAGACCAAAUCGUCCACCCACUUAAGUUUGUUGUACUUUACCAGGAAAUUACAGACAUAGAUAUACACAAAUGAUUCCAAAUAGUAAAGAAUCAUUUCUUCUAUAUCUUUCCAUUUUUCCAAAAUCAUUUCCAUAUAAAGGAUUAAAAAAACAAAAUCAAUGAUAGCAAUUCUGUUCUUGAUAUUGGAAUUUUGUAACUAAUUUACUGAAUUUAAUCAAGCUCAAAGUUCUGCAAGUUGCUUUUCCCUAUGAUUAAUGUCCUUAAAAUCCCUAGUUCGAACAUAAGAAACAUGUUCCCAGAUCACAAUGAAGUAAAAGAAUAGGAUAAAAUUCCCCUGUUGUUGCCAGUCAUCUGUCCUAACUCCACCAGGUUCCAAAGACAUUGACUAUCUUUGAUAUUUUCUCGCCAUUAACUCUUCCUCACACUUAUCUGAAUCUCCACCUUACAAUUAAGUGGAAUGCAGUAUUCCCAGUAUAACCCAAAAUCAUCCAAGACCUGACUCUACAUCCACAUAAUCUUCACAGUAGAUUAUCAUCAUAUCUUCCUUUGUAAACAUCCCCAUCUUUAAAUAAAUCUUCUUUGUAAAAUUUCAAGAUAAUACGUGAAUAGAUUCCCUUGAGUAGUUAGAACUCUAUCUUCCCUUUUGAAUCUGCACUGGAGUUAGUGGAUCCCUUUCAAAGACUAGACAGUAGUCUACGAAAGAGGAAAUCAAUUACUUUACAGUAGAGAAGUCUAGCAACUGCGAUCUUAACUCAGUGAUUAAACUUCUAAUUUCUAAUCAAGAUUCUAAUUGCUUUUCAAACACUUUAUUAAGAUGUGACUUCUGCUUGUUCAGUGUGAUUACAAUGA